GCGCAGCGGACAUGGGCCCGCCGCCACCGCCACCGCCGCGGCUGUGAGGAGCCUUCUUCCCGGCGGCGCGGCCGGCCUGGGCGGGGGCGGCGCGACCCUCGCGCCCGGGGCAGCGGCUUCCAGGCCGGCGCGGGGCGGGCCGCGGCCGCGCUCCGACAUGUAACCAUGGACCGCAGGACCAAGUCCAAUCCAGAAAGAACCUUUGACUUGGUAUUGAAAGUGAAAUGUCAUGCCUCUGAAAAUGAAGAUCCUGUGGUUUUGUGGAAAUUCCCAGAGGACUUCGGAGACCAGGAAGUACUACAGAGCGUGCCAAAGUUCUGUUUCCCCUUUGACGUUAAAAGGGUGUCUCAAAAUCAAGUUGGACAGCACUUUACCUUUGUACUGACAGACAUUGAAAGUAAACAGAGAUUUGGAUUCUGCAGACUCACAUCAGGAGGCAAAAUUUGUUUAUGCAUCCUUAGUUACCUGCCAUGGUUUGAAGUGUAUUACAAGCUUCUGAAUACUCUGGCAGAUUACUUGGCUAAGGAACUGGAAAAUGAUUUGAAUGAAACUCUCAAAUCACUUUAUAACCACCCAGUACCAAAGGCGAACACUCCUGUCAAUUUGAGUGUGAACCAAGAGAUAUUUAUUGCCAGUGAGCAAGUUGUGAAAGAUCAGCCCUCUCUGGUACCGCAUUCCUACUUCAUUGCCCCCGAUAUAACUGGACUCCCAACAAUACCUGAGAGUAGGAACCUCACGGAGUACUUCGUGGCGGUGGACGUGAGCAACAUGCUGCAGCUGUACGCCAGCAUGCUGCACGAGCGGCGCGUGGUCAUCACCUCCAGCAAAUUGAGCACUUUAACUGCCUGUCUGCACGGAUCGGCUGCUCUCCUGUACCCCAUGUACUGGCAACACAUAUACAUCCCCGUGCUCCCUCCGCACCUGCUGGACUACUGCUGUGCCCCAAUGCCAUACCUGAUUGGAAUACACUCCAGCCUCAUAGAGAGAGUGAAAAACAAAUCACUGGAUGAUGUGGUGAUAUUGAAUGUUGACACCAACACUUUGGAAUCACCGUUUAACGACUUGUACAACCUCCCAAGUGACGUGGUCUCGGCCUUGAAAAACAAACUGAAGAAGCAGUCUACAGCAACGGGUGAUGGAGUGGCCAGGGCCUUUCUCAGGGCGCAGGCUGCUUUGUUUGGAUCCUACAGAGAUGCACUGAGAUACAAACCUGGGGAGCCUGUCACUUUCUGUGAGGAGAGUUUCGUCAAGCACCGCUCAAGUGUGAUGAAACAGUUCUUGGAAACUGCAGUUAACCUCCAACUUUUUAAGCAGUUUAUUGAUGGUCGACUAGCAAAAAUAAAUGCAGGAAGAGGUUUCUCUGAUGUAUUUGAAGAAGAGAUCACUUCAGGUGGCUUUUGUGGAGGGAACCCGAGGUCCUAUCAACAGUGGGUGCAUACAGUCAAGAAAGGAGGAGCUCUGUUCAACACAGCGAUGACCAAAGCCACUCCCGCUGUACGGACAGCAUAUAAAUUUGCAAAAAGUCAUGCAAAGCUGGGACUAAAGGAAGUGAGGAGUAAGUUAAAACACAAGGAAAAUGAAGACGAUUAUGGGGCCUGUUCUGGCUCAGUACAGUACACACCGGUCUACGUGCUACACAAUGAAAAGGGAGGAAACGAAAAGUGCAAGCUUGCCCAGGCCCGCUUAAAAAGACCUCUUAAGAGCCUCGAUGGUGCUCUGAAUAAUGAGGAUGAUGAUGACAGUGAAAGAGCAAGCAAGCUGUCUUCGGAAGAUGGCGAAGAAGCUUCUGCUUAUUUUUAUGAAAGUGACGACUCUGUUGAAACCAGAGCGAAGACGCCGUACCCGGGCGAGAUGGACUUGCUGGGCGAGAUCCUGGAUACCCUGAGCACACACAGCUCCGACCAGGGAAAGCUGGCGGCUGCCAAGAGCUUGGAUUUUUUUAGAUCAAUGGAUGAUAUUGAUUACAAACCUACGAAUAAAUCCAACGCUCCCAGUGAGAACAACCUGGCUCUCCUUGGCGGUGGCUCUGGGGACCAGGCCGAGUGGAACCUGGGGCAGGACGACAGCGCCCUGCACGGCAAGCACCUCCCUCCGUCCCCCAGGAAGCGAGUCUCCUCCAGUGGGUUGACUGACGCCCUGUUCAUCCUGAGAGAGGAAACCAGUGAGAAGCAACGUGGUGCGGACAGCGGGGGUGGCCCUGCGGUGACGGGGACGGCAGAGCCGGCUGCAGCUGCAGGGGUGGAUCUCCAGCUCGCGGCCCCGGAGGUUUCCCAAACUGACGGAGGAAAAACAGAAAAGCAGGCAACACUACGUCCGAUUCCAGAGGAUCUGCUUAGCCCCAGCCCUGGGCGGCAUCCGUCUACUUUCGUUCCUUGGGAAAAAGAAGGGAAAGGAGCCCCAGAGAGAUCAGGCGCUGGCGGGCUGCUGCACGAGGUCGUGUCGCUGUGUCGGAUGACGUCCGACUUCCAGCAGGGCCUGAGCAUCGCCGAGGACAACGCAGGUGGACACCAAGCUUAGGUCUGGAGACACUCUGGGAUUCUAUGUCAUCUGAAUAAUAAACAGAACUACUCGUAGGAAUGACAACAACUCUUACUACUAUUUAAUUUUUUUCCAUGGGGAACAUGUAUUUCCCCCACUUGUGUUCAUUUCAUGGAUAUGUGUUAUCUAUUGAUUUUUAAAUAUAAAGCAAAUUAUUCUACUGUGCUCUUAAAUCAGGUACUAGUAUUAUGUGUAUGUUGAACCUGUGAUCUCCCAGCAUUUGGUGCUUACUGCCACUCACCUUAGUUAACUAAGUCUGCAGACGUCACCUGUGCACAUGACCAGUCGCUACUGUACUGAUCUGGUUGAGCAUGAACUGAUCAAAGUAUCAAAACUAGCCUGAAACUGUUAACCCACUAAUUGCCUUAAUCUUAAAGCUGUAUUAAGCAUACUUAUAUAAUUUAUGAAAUUAUGUGUAAAGUUUGAAGGAUAAGUUAUUGGUGUUCAGAGCAAUAAUGACAUUUUCUAUUCAUCAAAUCAAGGUUAAAAUUCAUUUUUUUCAAGAUUAAAAAGCUCUUUUAUAGAAAUACUUAAUUUGCUUAUUUAAGGGCAUUGUAGCCAUGUUUCCCAAAAAAUAUAAAGGUCUACACUUACCUUGUAUUCAGUGAAAUAUAUGAAGUGCUGAAUCCUAAUGUGAAGUUAACAACUUCUGUUUACAAGCGAGACAGUUUCCAGUCUCUGUCUGCCUUUGCUGCCGGGGUCCACCCUACGAAAGCCAAAUGCAACGUCAACUGUCCUGAUAAAAAUCUUUUUUUUUCUUAACUAAUAAUUCUCUAUCAAAAUAUUUCAUAUCAUCAUCUCAAAUUUACUUUUUAAAAAUACUUGACUUUGUAAUAAUUGACUCACAGGAAAAAGACAAAGAUAUAGUACCCAGAGUUCCCACCAGUCACCGUUAUUUCUCUAUUGUUAACAUUGUGCGCCACAAUGAAUGAACCAAUAUUGAGGACAGUCAGUGUGUCCUUCCCCAGUGGCUGUCUCCUGUCCCAGGACCCUGUGCAGGACACCGCAGUACGUUACCGGGCCUGUUUCCUCAGGCUGCUCCUGGUUGUGGCAGUUUCUCAGACCGUCCUGGACUGGAUUCAUCUGAGCAGGAAUCAUGUGCUGAUGACUUCAUGAUAGACUAGACUGACAGGUAGAAUCAGGGAAAAACCACUGACGUUAUAGUUAAUUUGUUGUUACAGGUUCAGAAUAUCUACUCUAUACAUCCCCCCAUCUUUUUUUUUUAAAUUGUCUUUUUAGAAAAGAAGUUUGAGAAACUAUAUUCUGAAAUAUUUGCUGAAAGAAUAUAAUUUCAUUUAAAAUCCUAGAAGGGGGUUUUGUUAAAAACAUUGCUUAAAAAUAUUUAUUAAGGUCAGUCUUUAAAUUAUUUAAAGAAAAUGACCAAGUUUUUUAAAAUCUAGUUUUCAGGGUCUAAAUGAAUAUCUUUUAUUUGAGACAAUUAUUCAUUCUUGAUUAUGAAGAAAGAGGAAUCUGGUUUUUCUUAUAAGGAUAGACUCUGUAUAUAUUAAGUAAAAAAGUGUGUAAUCCUUUUUUUUUUUUUACACAGAAGACAAAGUUCUUGUCAAAUUUUGCUUUUAUGUGAUCAUUACACAAUUCCAACCUACCUUACUGAAGUAUUUAAUGGAAGUAGCCCACGUAUCAAAAGAACUGUUUUAAACGAGAAGGAAAAAAGGUUGCUCUGGUUGUUAAUCUGCUUGGCAAAUAUUCUUCAUAAUUUGUGCAAAGAAUGUAAAGCCACCUUUUAAGAUGAAUUUGGAAAUGUGAAGUGGGUUUUUUAUUUUCAGAACUCACACUCUGAAGAACGAGAUAACCGUUGAGUGUAGCGUAGGCCAGAUUUGAGGCUUCGUCCAUUUACAUAAUAAACAUUGUGGCCUCAGAAAUCUGAAUUCUUUUUGUAUCUUUGCCACCUCACAAGAUGUCUGGCUGUAAUGCUGUGCUGGUUGAGGAUAUUUACCCAUUCACAAAUAACAGAAUCCUCUCAAGGUACUUUACAGUGAUUUGUGCCUUAUUUUAACAUGCAAAAUUGGCUGUUUUAUUCCAUGUUAAAAACAAAAGCAAAAAUAAAAACUCUACAUAUUAUUCUUGAAAAAAAUCCAGACUACUAGUAGCAAGUAUUAAUAAUUCAAAUCAUUACAAUUUUGAGUAUUCAAAGACUUCUCUCAAACCAGACUUCCCAGGACUAUGGUGGGCAGAGUGAGCAUGAAGGGAAAUGAGGGUGAGUUCUGAAAUAAAUGAAAGUGUUGUCUUAUUUUCUGCAAUGCCUGUAACUAAACCAAAUAUUUAAAAGGUCCUCUGCUGUUUGAAAUUAAUUUUCAAGGAAGUAAUAGCUAUUGUACAGCAGAAUUGUCUGAACUCCUAAGACGUUUGCCUUUGCUACAGAGUCUUUUGUGUGGCCUCGAACCCGAGUCCCGACUCUCACUGUUGUCCUUGUGCCCUUAGAUGCUGCAUCCUGGGCAGCUCCGGGGGGUGAGGAAGGGGUGUGUGACCUUAGGAGCUAGUGUCUUGUUGAGUGAAAAUGUUGCUAAGUGGUAUAUUUUGAUAGUUGCCUAUUUUGGCACAUAUUACUAGAAUGGUACCAAAUACAGCAUGGUUAUUUUCUUGAUUAGAAAUUACUUACUCAUUCACUUAGACAAUACUUACUUUUUGUGCCAGUCACAUACAAGAUACAGUCACUGAGGAUGAACAGAAGUAAAAUAAUUGACAAUAGUCUUUGCUCUGAAGGAACCAAUUACAGGAAAAGGAACUGCCAAUCUGUUAAUAACAACAAUAGCACCAACAGUAUACUUUGCUUAGAAGUUAUUAGCCCAAGAUUCUGACACUGAAAAAAAAGUUUGUUUUUAUGACUGCUUAACUGAAAGCAUACUCUAAGAAUGGAAACAUAGCACCCUUUCUAUUGUGUCAACUUUCUCAAUUAUUAUGCUAAGUACAACAAUGCUGCUAAGAUACCCACUUUUGAAGGACAGAUUCAGACACUCUUAGAUGCUGCUGAGUGUCUGUAUCUGAAAAUCUGCCGGAUACCCGGACAGCACCGGGCUCUCUGUAAGGGGACGAGGCUCCUUUCAACACGCACGGAGGAAUAAAACUGAGGGUGUGGACGCAGGUCAAUGGGAAUCCAGUUUUUACUGCUUUUGAUUUUGAUGACAUCAUACUCUAGAAACAGUCACUCCCCUUUAAGUUAAAACUGUCUAUGACAGUGUUGUUAUUAGGACUCUGUGUUACAUAUCCUAACAGUAGGACCCAGGACAGACAGUGAAUCAGUUGUUUCUUAAAUAAGGUGAAGGAGAGACUCCUGAUCAAGCGGAGAAAACUGUGACUAUUCUUACAAUCAGCAAACCUUCAUUCUCUUCUAGAAUAUUUGGAUUUUCAGGAAAGGAUUGAUUAUUUUGAUAAGUAAAUUUUCUAACAUGAAUUCCAUUUUGCUUGGUAUGCAUAAAAGCCCUGAUUCUGAGAAGGUAUUUGUAACUCCGAAUAUUUAAGAAUAUAAAAUGAAUUCCCCAAUCUAAUUUUCUCUGAGCACUUCUCAGUGUGAGAAAUAGUUUUGCAAACUGUGUGUCAGUCUGAGUGUGUUUCCUCUGCCCAGGCCAGGGAUACUGUCAGUGUGUGUUUCUUAAAGCUUACGUAAGAGGCAGAAUGGUUUUGAGCAAACCAGUUAACCUUAUGAUUUAGUGAAGAAAUAAGGAAUUAUGUAGAGGCAUUUUAUUUUGAAAAUAAUAGGAUUUCGUGCAAUAUUUUUUCUUUAUGUAAUUUAGUUCCUGUAAGUACGCACAUCUGCUUGCCUAGCAGGUGCCUUAAGGUCAUGUUUUUCAGUAUUUGCGUAAAACUGUAUGUAGCAAUGUUCUUUGUGAUUUUAGAAAAAAUAUAUUCUCUAUAUUGUAGGCUGGAGAAAUUUUUCUGUUUAUUUAAAGUAAUUAUGGAUAUUGGUUACUGUAUCAUAGCUAGCUGCCUCAGCAACAGUGAAUAUGCAAUAAGAAAAUCCUGCACCUUAGUGGUGACAAUACUGUUACUUUACAGGAAAUGUAUAUGGUACAAAUUGCUGAUGCUACGCAUGUACACGUGACAGAUAGUUCUGCACCACAGAAGUCGAAACGGCGUUUGUAAGGUGAUGACCACGUGUGUAGACUGUGAUAUCCUUUGUGAUGAAUCUUUGCUAAGAUUUAUAAAGGGCAUUGCCAAUACUUUUCGACUGUAAAUUAAGUUAAUUUUUUGUAUGAUGUACAGUUUGUUUAACCUUAGAGCUUCUAUAGAUUUCUACCUUUAUUAUACUUGAACGAGGCAGAGAAGCACUGUGGAAAAAACCUGUAGCUCUGGAUGCAACAGACAAACAUACCAAAAAAAUAAAGCAAGGUACUGAA